AUGUCCAGGCUAAGUACAGCAACCUGGCGCUACCUGGGUCUUGGCGUCGCAGCCUCGUACGCGGGCCUGGGCGUCUUCCAGGCAAUUCAGCCAGUCAAGGCGGCGCUGGGCUUCUACGACAUCCCUAAACAUGUCAUCAGCCCACAGGUCGAUGCGCGUCAGCAGGUCGGCUGGCUGAUGACCCUUAUUGCCGCCCGAGACAUCAGCACGGCUGUGAUCCUCUUCACUUUUGCCUACAAGGGCAAAACCCGCGAGAUGGGAACCGUCAUUCUUGGGAGCUUGAUCGUUUGUGCUGCCGACUCCGUUACGGCAUGGACUCGGAGAGGACCUGCUACUGGUCUCGGUCUCUUGGUGGGAGCAGGCAUCUGGGGCGUGAUAGGUUAUGGUCUUGCCUUCUAG